CCUUGAACGUAUAUUUUAGUCGCACAGUGUGGAGCUAUAUAACGUAUGUUAAAAAACUGUUUCUAAACAUAUUAAUGCAGCAUCUAAACAUAUCUGAACGCAUAGACAAAUCAUAUUGUCUCAAUUUUAUGGGAAAUUCCGUUGUCGAAGAAGGAGUGGGGGGAGUUAAUUAACGUUUAAUCGUUUUGAAAUGUUAAUGUUAAGCCACGAAAUUCUUUAGCGUUCAUCAGAUAUUCUUAAAACUUCAGAGAGUGAAGACGUAUUUUAUUAAUUAAAUAAUUAAAAGUGAAGUUAUUAUCAAAUAUUGUUUUUUAUCUACAUCAGUUAGGUAUUUUGGUCGCACACUGUGAAGCUUUAAAGUCAGUACUAGAAUAUAACGCACAAGUUUUGUUUACAAAAUCGUUUCUUAUUGAAAAUAAAAAAUAAAAGAAUAUAUUACUUGAAGUACAUUAAAAUAAUAAUCUCAAUACAAUGAACGCUCAACGCGUUCCAAUCUCUCAGUUGUUGACUGAUAAAAGUACGGUUGAAGAUCCGAAUCAGAAAAAAACUCGAGAAGAUUGGCGAAAAGCAAAAGAGCUUGAGGAAGCAAGAAAAGCAGGAAAUGCUCCAGCUGCUGUUGAUGAAGAAGGAAAGGAUAUUAAUCCCCACAUCCCGCAGUAUAUCUCAGCUGCUCCUUGGUACUAUGGAACAGCUGGUCCAACUCUUAAACAUCAAAGACCUCAAGACGAAAAACAAAAAAUAUAUUCUGGCAUAGAAGAGUGGUACAAGAAAGGGGUCGACGUCACAAAAAUAGCUACAAAGUAUCGUAAAGGUGCUUGUGAAAAUUGCGGUGCAAUCACACAUAAGAAAAAAGAUUGUUUAGAAAGGCCACGAAAAGUUGGAGCAAAAUUCACAAAUGCAGAAAUAUCGCAUGACGAAUUUGUCCAGCCUGAUUUAAAUCCUGACUUUGAUGGUAAACGUGAUCGUUGGGCUGGCUAUGAUCCAGCAAAUCAUCGUGAAAUUGUUGAGGAAUAUCAAAAAAUCGAAGAAGCGAAACGACAAUUAAAAGCUGAAAAGUUGAAGGAAGAUCCAAAUGCUGAAUCAAGUGAAGAAGAAGAUGAAGACAAGUAUGCAGAUGGAGUUGACAUGCCUGGAACAAAAGUAGAUUCCAAGCAACGUAUUACUGUAAGAAAUCUUCGUAUCAGAGAAGAUACAGCAAAAUACUUGAGAAAUUUGGAUCCAAAUUCGGCUUUCUACGAUCCAAAAACACGUUCGAUGAGAGAAAAUCCAAAUCCAGCAAAAAAUCCUGAAGAUCUUGAAUUUGCUGGUGAAAAUUUCGUCAGAUACACUGGUGACACUCAAUCACACGCAACAGCACAACUUUUUGCUUGGGAAGCUCAUGGUAAAGGUGUCGAUGUUCAUGUUCUAGCUGAACCAACAAAACUUGAACUUCUUCAAAAGGAAUAUGAGUCUAAGAAGGAAGAGUUCAAAGAUAGUGUCAAAGAUAAUGUUCUUCAAAAAUAUGGUGGAGAAGAAUAUUUAAAAGUUCCUCCUAAACAACUUCUUCUUGCCCAGACAGAAACGUAUGUAGAGUACGCGAGAGAUGGAAGAAUUAUCAAAGGUGCUGAAAAGCAAAUAAUAAGAAGUCGUUACGAAGAAGACGUUUUGAUUAAUAAUCACACUGCAGUUUGGGGAUCAUUUUGGAAGAAUGGCGAAUGGGGAUACAAAUGUUGUCAUGCAUUCAUUAAAAAUUCUUGGUGCUGUAAACAAAGUCUUGGAGCGGAACAGCAGCUUGAUGUUCAAACUUCUAUUGAGCCUUCUAUAGAAGAACCUGAAAAUGACACACAAGAAUCUGACAAAAUAGAGAAAAUUUCGAAACCAUCGUCAUCAUCUUCAAGCAGCUCAAGUGACGAAGAAGAAAAGAGACGUUCAAGAAAACGCGACAAGAAGCGCAAAAAGAAGAAGAAGCAAAAGGAUAAGAAAAAAGAAAAAGAUAAGCUUCAAUUGGCAUUGGAAGCAGAAGACCGAAUGAAUAAAGAAUAUGAGGAAACGAUAAGUUUGGAUGAAAGGAAACGCAAAUAUAACAGCAUGUAUGAAGCUAAAGCACCAACUGAAGAGGAAGUUGAAGCUUACAAGAUAAAACGAAUGAGAGAAGAGGAUCCAAUGGCGAUGUUUAUGUCAAAAAAAUAAUUUCAAACUAUAUUAUUUAAUAAAAAAAACUUUGUGGAAAAAAUAAAAUUUCUUCAUAAUUUUAAGCUUUUCUAAAUUUCUCAG